AAUUAAAAAACCUAAGUCUACCUUUAAACUUGUGUCAUUUAAAACUAAAAAAAAAUCUCUUUCAUUCAUUUAAAGUAUGAAUAAAAUAAGAGUAAAUUAAAACGAGAAAAAAAAACAAAAAAGAAAAAAAUAAAGAAAAAUUGUAAAAUUUCAACAACAACAACAACAAAACAGAAAAAAAAUUGUUUUUUCUGUGAUUUAUUUCAUUUUUGGGGAACUAUUUUUCAUAGAAUUUAAAUUAUUAUUAAUAUGUCAAUCAAUCAUCAAAAAGAUACAACAUUAACAAAAAUUUUUGUUGGUGGAUUACCAUAUCAUACAACAGAUGAAAGUUUACGUUGUUUUUUUGAUCAAUUUGGUCCAAUUGAUGAAGCAGUUGUAAUUACUGAUAGACAAACAGGAAAAAGUCGAGGUUAUGGAUUUGUAACUAUGACUCGCACUGAGGAUGCCUUACUUGCUAUUCGUGAUCCUAAUCCAUGUAUUGAUGGUCGUAAAGCCAAUGUAAACUUAGCAGUACUUGGAGCUAAACCUCGUCUUAUGCCUGGAACUAACCCUGCAGUACCGGGAUUUUUUCCACUUCAAACGGGGAUUUGGGUACGUGGAUUAUAUCCUAGAGAUCUAUCACAUUAUUGUGAAUCGUUUCCUGGUUACCUAUCGACGCUAGUCAUCCAGGUUUCUAUAAUAACCCAGCCACCGCUGCAGUUGUUAACAAUUCUUUAAUGAAUCCUUUAAUGAAUGCAGGUCUAUUGACAGGUUUUAAUAUGCCAAAUCCUGCUGCUACAUUAUCACCUGGUAUGAAUGGUAUACUACAAACGCCAACUAAUCAUAUAUCAUCUGUAGCUACUGAUCCAACAUCUGAUAAUCGAUUACAAGCUCAGCUCCCAUUGAAUCCACUAGCUAAUUUGAAUUAUUUACUUAAUUAUUCAAAUGCAAUUGCAAAUCCUUCAUCUGGUGCUGCAGCUGCCGCCGCCGCUGCUGCUGCAGCAGCAGCUCUUGCAGCUACAACGAAUACAAAUCAGCCAAAUAUUUCACCAGCUGCAUUAGCACUUUUAAUGUCCACCUACGGACAAGGUACAAGUGGGUUGAAUACUGUAUUACCGGGAAAUAAUUCAUUUGUUGGAAUGUCACCUGUCACACAUCAAUCGUUGAAUGCACCCAGUCUACCAGCAACAAGCUUAUUAAAUUUGAACUCUACUACAUCAAAUACAACUGGUUUAAAUGUAUUGACAGCUAGUCAGUCUGUGUCACCAUUCUGUAGAACAUUCACUCCAGAAGUUUCACCGAAUGAAUUGAAUGCAUAUUCUGCUGCUAUGGCUUAUCAGCGACUGCUUAAUAUGGCAUCAAAUUAUCAAACUAUUCCAUCAUCUUUAUUUACACCUGUUAAUUCGACUAACUCAUUGUCAAGCGCCUUGCUUAAUAAUCAAUUUGCUUUAAGUUCAAAUCAGGCUAUGAAUUACAAUAAUAACAACAGCGGUAGUAAUAAUAAUAAUAGCCACACAUCUAAUAACAAUAUCAGUGUGUCAGCAGAUCAAUCCAACUCAAUGCCUUUGAUAUUUCCGCCCACAUCACGUAAUUUAGUUGCAUUCACAUCGGACAUAAAUGGUGCAUCAUAUGAUUACGGUAAUCCACAAGAGUUAACUGCCAAUAUUCACGCUAGUCUGACAACAGGUCAACAUUCAACAACAAAUGCUACACCUCCACCACUUCGUGAAGGUUUAGAAUGUGUCAAUGCAUCUGUGAAUUUUUGAUCAAUAAAUAAUCCAUAAACUGGAAAACAAUCCUGGAUAUUGAGAAAACAAUAAUCAUUUUUUCUUAAACUUGUCUUGUUCGGGGUGAUCAAUGUAAAUUGUCCUUUAAUUUCUCUUUAUUUAUUUGUACUUUAAUUGAAAUUGGCUGGUUGUAAAAUGAAAUUUAACUAUCAUAACGUUGAACAUGUGUAUUUUUCACUAACCUUUACCCUUAUUCUCCUUAUCUUCUAUCUAACUUAUUACGCUAACAACCGAAAAACUGUGAUUCCUUCCAUUAUCAUUCUUAUCAUUGAAAUAUGACAUCAUGUGGUACAUAUCUUUGUAACACAUUCUAUUGUUUCCUUUUUUUACUCGUAAUACGUCCAUUCUAAUCUAGUGAUUUUCUCAUUAGUCUUUUUCUCUCUUUUCUGGUGAUAUCAUUUUCAGCUGGUUGCAUGGAUACGUAUGUAUACACAUAGAUAUGUAGUUGCAUACACUUCAAGAUUGAAAGUUCUGAUGAAUAUCUUUAUGACUUCAAUAUUACUGGUAGAUUUAAUUUUUUUUCCCCUGCUGUAUGAAUUGCUCAAGAUAGAAAGUUUCUGAAACCAUCGGUUAUUUGUAUAAUUUCUACGUUGUUGUUCUUUUUUUUAAAGCAAGACUGUCAACUUGAAUAACAGCAAAGAAAAAAAAUUACUUGAGUAACA